AUGGAACCUAACAAUGCUGAGAAUGACAGGGGUGAUUGUGAUUGGAAGCCUAGAGUUCACAUGACAUUUGAAACAGAACAAGAAGCAUAUAAUUUCUAUAAUGCUUAUACAGGAAGGCUGGGCUUUAGUAUUAGAAGGGGUUGUGUAAACAAGAACAAGGAGGGGAAAAUCACUUCAAGGCUAUUUGUUUGUAAUAAGAAGGGGUUUCGGGGUGUCGACAAGCGAGAUUCAUCAGCAAAAAAUCCUAGGCAAGAAGUGAGGACUGGUUGUCAAGCCCGACUUAUCAUUAAGUGGGAUAGGAAUAUUCAUAAAUUUUUUGUUGGUGAGUUUGUUGAACAACAUAAUCAUAUUUUUAUACCAACAGAAUGUACGCAUAUGUUACCAUCCCAAAGGAAGAUAUUUGCAUCACAGGCAACCGAAAUAGAUUUCGCCGAAAAAUCUAGAAUCCGGCUUAAUGCUGCAUUUGAGCUCAUGGGUAAGGAAGCUGGUGGAAGGGAGUCGCUUGGGUUCACAAAAGUGGACCAAAAAAAUUAUUUGAGAACGAAGAGGCAAAAGAGUUUAGCAUAUGGGAAGGCAGGUAGCAUUUUGCAAUAUUUUCGUGAGAAGACAUUGGAGAAUCCAUCUUUUUUUUACUCGAUCCAAUUAGAUAGUGAGGAGCAGAUUACAAACAUAUUUUGGGCCGAUACUUAG